AACGAACGUCAAAGUCAUGCAAUUUUAAUUCUGUACGUUAUCGUUAGUUAAAAGUAUAACAUCAACAUUAUGGUUCUAACGAAAGGCAACGUAUUUGCUCUCGGCAAUAUUUUCAUCUUAUCGGUAAUUUCCCUCUCGUAUUGUGACAGAUGCCCAAAUUCGUGGGAUCCAUUCCAAAUGAGUUGUUAUAAAGUGUUUGCACAGACAGUAAAUUGGACUGAUGCGCUGUCAAACUGUGAAUCGGAGGGAGCAAGUUUGUUGGCGAUAUCAUCAGAAGAAGAAAGAAACUUUGUUCGUGAUCUCCGCUACCAAAAAUACGGUUAUUGUAUGAAUACUUGGAUUGGUUUCAAUGACAGAGAGAAUCAAGGUGUGUGGAAAUGGACGACUAACAGUGCGACACAGUACACAGAUUGGUUACCAGGUCAACCAAAUGAUGUAUCUGAACAUUGUGCUGUAAUCAUAUGGAGCAGGAUCGACAAGAAUUGGCAAGAUUAUCCUUGCAGUCACUACUUCAAUUUAUAUGUUUGUGAAAUAGAACAACAUUCGUCUCUUGCAAGAAAAGUGUCUGGUAAAGCAGGACAGGCAGCUUGCUUAGUUCCCUACGUCUUAGCCGAUUUCACCCUGGAUAGUAAAGCGACAAGAAGUUUAGCUCACUGUUUUCAAUUCUGCAUCUCGAUUGACCAGUGCAAGGCGUUCCAAAUUCAGCAAAUGCCAAACAAGAUAAUGUGUAACGCGUUAAGUGACGAAGGGGCACCGACGCAGUAUGAACACGAGCCACUUGAUUGCAGUCUUUUUUUGAUCAAACGAUAAUUCAGUUUUUACUCACUAUUGUUUAAAUCAUAUGCAUACAUAGGACAAAUAUAUUCAUAUGUAUACAUAUGAAAUGGACGAAAUGUUAAAAUAAUUAAAUAAUUAAUUAAA